GUCAGUCAACCUGCCUAGUUCCAUUGUCGUUUCCUCUUGUCCUUUCCUCUUCUUUCCCAACAGCUUCCAUACAAACACCUUGUGCAAUAUAUGCACAAAAACAAAUAAUUAUAAACCCAUUGAUGUAUGAAAACUUAGCAGGAAAGAACAAAAAGAGUAAUGUUUGAGAUGGGUUUGAGCUAUUUCCUCCUGAUCUUACCCAAAUUCUUCAGAAUUCUUGCUUGGCCUCCUUUUACUUUGCUGUAUCCCUUGUAAGUAGCCUGAAACAAUUCCCUCAUGUUUCUCUCAGAAUGCUAAAACUAUGAAGGGGGUAUUCAAUUUUUUGCUAAAUUAUGAAGUGGGUGUGCUUCAAUUUUACAUAAUAUUGACUUCGUUGAACUAAUUGUUUAGCUUACUCAUAACAGGUGUGCAUCAAUAAGGGCUGUAGAGAGUGACGAUCACUCUAAUUAUCAGCAAUGUCUUGCGUAUUGGGUUUUAUUUUCCAUCAUCACACUUUUGGAAUCUGUGCUUGCGAAGCUUCUCGAAUGGCUCCCCUUUUGGCCUUAUGCGAGAGGAAUGGCCACUGUCUUGCUGGUGAUACCUCACUUUCAUGGUGCUUCUUAUGCCUACAAGCAUUUCAUUAGGCCCUACAUAACUGUCAAUUUUCAAGUAGGUGAUUCCUUACUCAUCCCAGGGAUGAAUGACUGCUUGACGAAGGAGAAGAUUGACUUCCUCGAUGCCACAGAGAGAGUCACCAGAGAGAACGGAGAGGAAGAUUUGUUAGAUAAAGUCAUCAUUUAUGAGGGUGAAUCCAAACCUAAUGAUGACACAACAGAAAGUGUUAUGGCACGGCCAACUAGUCCAAAGAGAAUUCAAAAGGAGUGGAGCUGUGCUCUCUGUUUGGUUAGUACUUCCAACGAAAGAAGUUUGAGAGAACACCUCUUGGGAAGGAAGCACAGGGAAAAACUAGAGGAGCUUAAAACAAAUGAAGUCUUAACAAAUGGAACAUCUGGCUUUUCUUCAGCAAAGAAGAGAUCUGGUAGGACGAUUUUAAUAGAGAACUUCGACCAGAUUGCGUGGAUCAACCUCGAAAAAUUAAGCAGUCUUUUAAGCCCAGUUACGAGAUCAGGUAGGUGGUUUACAUGGAGAAAACCUGACAUUGGAUGGACGAAACUGAAUAGUGAUGGAUCUCUGGAACGUGGCAAUGGUAGUUUUGGUGGUUUGCUCCGGGAUAACAAGGGUAAUCCUAUAUGCGGUUAUGUCUCCAAAGCCCCACAAAAAGAUAUUUUCUUGGUUGAACUAUGGGCUGUAUGGAGAGGCAUUGUUCUUGCCUUGGGUCUUGGAAUUAAAGUAAUAUGGAUUGAAUCUGACUCAAUGAGUGUCGUGAAAACCAUCAACAAAGAGCAGUCAUAUGGUCCGAAGGCUAGUAGCUGUUUGAAGUGCAUUUGGGAACUUCUAAAGAAAUUUGAGAAGUACAAAGUUUCUCACUCAUGGCGUGAGACUAACAGGGCUGCUGAUCAUCUAUCAAGGAUGGAUGUUUUGGGAAGUGACGUUGUUCUAUGGCCUGUUGAUUUUCCCAAUAGCCUUCACAAAAUUAUCAGGGAAGAUGCUCAGGGAAAGAGGUAUCGUAGAGGAUAAAUCCUACACAACCCUGCCUUGGCUUGAGACGAUCAUUCAAACAAGAGAGUAAGAAUUUGUGAAGAAAUUGUUAUACGAAUCCGGUGGGUACCAAAGACCUUCAGUUUAGACAUUCUCAUGAAACGCAAAGUAGACACUGUUUGAUAUGAUCAAGGCUGCAAGUCAAAGAGGUGAAGCCUGCAAAGGAGAAGGGAAGUUUAUCUAGUUUUUGGUCUAACUUACUCUUGCAUUUGGAUCAGAGGUAUUUUGGUAGGAAGUAAUCAUUAGCUUAUGCAGGGCUCUUGUUGCAUCCUGCUUUGCUAAUUCUUAGCGCUCCUAAGCCUCCUACCUAUACACAAGUGUAAAAUGUCCAAAAUUUCCUUGGUUAGUUAUCAGUGAUGGGUACUAAUUCUAGUGCUACGUAGGCUUACUUUCCCUUCCAUUGUAAAUUAUCUAGAACUUAAGAUCUUCUGGGGUUUUCGUUCAUUUCUUGGCAGCCCCUUCUCUCUUGGCUUCUCUCUCAACCUCAAAAUGUUUUGAUUAACCCGUAGACAGACAACUGGGGCUUUUAGGACCCGUUUCCUCAUGUUCGGUGAAUCAACUUUAGCAUUACCUAAAUGAAAUAUCCAAUUCAGCCUGCCGGGCAGUUAAGGGAAAUUAAUACGUUCCUCGUCGGUUUGAAUCCCCACUCUCCUAGAAGGGUGACAGUUUAUAAUCAUGUUUCAGCUGUCUAAACUAAAGUCAGUCAACUUGACAAAUAAUAUCUUGGACUUGAACAGUUAUGACAAUUCACUCAUCAGAAACUCUUG